AUUGAACAAAAUGGAGAUUAUGUAAAAAUAAAUUUACUUCUUUUUCUUCUUUAAUUUAGUUUUUUUAUUUCAAAAAAAAAUGACCGAUGCUAUUGCUCCUCACAGUGCUCCCAUCGCAGCGUAUAUGAGCGUUCAUCAAGCUACCAAUCUUGCCUAUGUCAGAUACUUUGCGAAAAUUGACAAUGCAACCACUGCUACUUUUAAAAGCCUCGACUCCAAAACUUUCACUUUAGACUACACGUUGCCUAAUGAUACAACAGUCCAUACUGUUUCUAUCCCCUUUAAAGCACCAUUACAAAAGAGAGAAGACAUUCGUCCCGUUUUAGAGGCAAUGGCAAAAGAGGCAGAAGAAUCCUUGGGAUUGCCUAGCUCACUAUCCGGUCCUCCUCCUUUUGCAGCAAUUGCCAAAGCAAUCGUGGCCUCUGCCACUGACGUCUAUACACCUCCUCAACCCCAAGUGCCUUUAGAUACCUUUUAUUCGCCACCAACUCCGGUCAUGUGCUUAAUGGGUCUCGCUUUCGGAAUGAUAGGCGUAUUCACUUAUGCGUCAGAUGCUUAUUUGCAGCGUCAGUUUCCAGCUCAGGUGCUAGGAUUACGUAAUACAUUUGGUCCUAAAUUAGUACGAAAGAUUACCAAAGGUGUCGUAGCAGUGCAUUUAGCUGAGAGUCUUUAUACUUUGACAGUCUGUUUACACAGAGGAUGGUACGGACCUGUUAAUACAUUAAAGUGGGCUGCAAGCACCUUUUUGUUUGGUGUAGCUUCUAUUCAACAAUUAAAUAGACAUGCAAGGCAUGUCGUUGGUUUAAACAAAAAGUCUGAAUAAAAAUAUUUAAACUGUG